AUGGCAGCCGCAACAGUCCAACCCCCAGUUCCAGUCGGGCCCGUCGGCCAGCCCGACAUUGCUUACACCCCAAACUACGAGACUUAUGUUGCUCGCGUUAAGCGACGCCAGGAAACCGAAAAGCUGGAAAAAACUCUCCCGGUUGGCUUCCCCGAGAAACUGAUCUCAGACUUGGUGUGGGAUGGCAGGAACUUGGCCAAGUCAUACGACUGGGACUACCACUUAACUGAGGUUGAUCUCAAGGAACUCGAUGAAGCCCUCCGUAAUUUCAAGGCUCUAAAUGUGCCCCUGGGUCAAAUCAACCAAGAGACGUUCGUGUUGCCAAAGCUCCACGACACCCUUCGCGCCAUUUCCCGAGAAAUUCAUCAAGGCCAUGGCUUCAAGGUCGUUCGUGGUGUGCCAGUAGACAAGUACACCAGGGAAGAGAACAUCAUUGUCUAUGCCGGAUUGGCUUCUCACAUUGCACCUGUCCGCGGCCGCCAAGACCACUUGUGGCAAGGAAAACCUGCGGACGUUGUCAUCUCCCACAUCAAGGACAUCAGCAGAGAGGUUGAUGCCAACCGUAUUGGUGCCCCUGCAUAUACUGCAGAGAAGCAGGUCUUCCAUACCGACGCUGGCGAUGUCAUUGCUCUGUUUGCCCUCGGUGAAGCGGCAGAAGGUGGGCAGAGUUACCUUUCCAGCAGUUGGCAUGUGUACAAUGAGCUAGCCGCCACGAGACCUGACCUCAUCCGAACGUUGGCAGAGCCAUGGGCCUCUGAUGAAUUUGGCAGAGCUGGAAAGAGGUUUACGCUGAGGCCACUGGUGCACCAUCAGCCUGCCACGACUGAGACCCCUGAACGUCUUAUCAUCCAGUACGCACGUCGUCAAUUCACGGGCUAUUGGGGCCUCCCCCGAUCUGAGGACAUCCCUCCCAUAACCGAGGCCCAAGCAGAGGCUCUGGAUACUUUGCACUUCCUGGCCGAGAAGUAUGCGGCUUCGCUAGACUUCCACAAGGGGGAUAUUCAGUUCGUGAACAACUUGAGCAUAUUCCACGCUCGCGGAGGGUUCAAAGACUCGCCCGAUAAGCAACGGCACCUCGUCCGCCUUUGGCUCCGGGACCCUGAGCUUGCUUGGGAGACGCCAGAGGUGCUACAACCACGGUGGGACAACCUGUAUGAUGGGGUUACGCCUGAGAAAACUGUUUUCCCCCUUGAACCAGCGAUACGGAGCAGUAGCGACGCCUCUAAUGUUAAAGCUGCUCAAAGGGUUGGAAGAGCUUAGGGCUCGGCAGGGUCCACGUUCGUAAAUGUACUGUCUCA